CUCCAUGUUGUCCUGUUAGCGCCCGCCCUCUUUCCAUGGUCCAUUUACCCAGGCUCACCGACUCCCAGCCCCCCACAGCUGCUCCCCUAAGCGUAGACGAUGAAAUACCCUCCACCCCCUCCGAGGUAGCGGAGGAGCUGCUCGCUCUCCCAGCACCCGUCCUCGCCGCGGGCACACUCUACGGCUCGGGGAGCAGAUCCAACAAGAAGCGCAUCAGGACCGCGCGCAUCGACGGCCUCAAGGUCCACUGGGCCCGCUUCAUCAAGCGCGUCGGCACAGAGUCGCCCUCGGACUCGUCCGCCAUCGUCGAGAGCAGCCUCGGCAGCAGCCAGCGCCAGCACAAGCCCGUGACGGACGAGGAGGAGGAGGACGACGGCGGCGAGGUCGACGAGAUCGUCGUGGAUCGCGACUGGACGGAGGACAUGAAGAGCUCCUUUGGGCCCUCGGAGCAGGCGCUGCGGGACAGGUCGGGCGACAGCCGGGGAGCGUACGGGGGCGGCGGGACGACCACGAGCGGCGGCGGCCACGAGAGCACGGCGCUGCUCGAGGACGGGCGGCUGUUUCAGAAGCUGUUGAUUAUUAUUCGGUGGGAGGUGCUGCCUGCCAUCGAGAAGUUUUUCCUCGUGCGCUUCCACGACCUCAAGACGGAGAAGCGGUAUCGAAGGGAAAACUGGUUCAUCAAAAAAUCCCUCGCCCUCUGGUCAGCUGCUUUCUACAUUGUAAAUUGGAUCAUCGGCGCUACAACAAUUGUCUCUCCGGAACUGUUCGAUAAAAUAUGGGUAUACGGUAUCACACCAGUCUUGACAUUUCCUCUCGUUUUGUAUGUGAUGUACGACUUCCCCCGGGAUCGAGUCGUAGCAUACCAAGUCGCACUAGGAUUAGCCACAUGGUGCUGGGCCAUAUACGCGUUCAUAAACAUGUACCUUACCGGCUUCACCAGCAACGCACAUAUAUAUCCGCUCGGGGGGAAAACAUUCUUGAAUACAUUUUUCUAUACCUCGGCUCCUCAAACGAUCGCUUUAUUUGGUCUUGGAAUGAACAGGAUCACGGCGCUCAUCUGUGUGACUUCGUUUUUCGUGUUUGCUUGUGGAAUGAUCCUCCCUUUUGAGCCUAUCUGGAUACGCAAUCUUCUGACAUUCUUGAUUUACCACAUAUUUUUGCUUUUUGUGCAUUACAUGAACGAGAGCUCCGAACGACGACUGUUUAUCCUGCGCGAGCAGCUCAAAAACCAGUUCAAGGCGACGCAGAAGGCGCAGAUUAACGAGAGGAAGGAGGCUGAUUCCAAACGGCGGUUGACUUCCUAUGUGUUCCAUGAGGUCCGAGUGCCUCUCAACACAGCGCUGCUGGCUGUGCAGAACAUGGAGGCGUCGGGCGCGGUGAUGAAGACGCAGGAGAUCGAGUUUAUGGCGCUCGAGGGGAGCCUGGUGAUGAUGUCGAAAGUUCUCAACGAUAUGCUUGAUUUUAACCGGAUGGACAGUGGGCGGUUCGAAAUUCUCUCCAAGCCAUACACAUUCCACGCGGUCCUCCGCUCCCUGUUCGUCCCCCUGCGCAUGGCGACCGACGCGCGGCAGCUCAAGCUCGUCACGCGCCUCGACCCGACGAUCGACCAGGUCGCGUGGCGCGCGGCGUACGAGGCCGCGGGCGAGGACCCGGACGCGGUCGACGGGCUGCUUGCUGCCGAGGGCGAGAGGGACGGGGUCGUGCUGGGCGAUGCGAUUCGGCUGAGGCAGAUUAUUAAUAAUCUUGCUAGUAAUGCGUGCAAGUUCACACGCGCGGGAGGUCAGAUCUCUGUUACGACGCGGCUCGUGUUCCCCGCGCACCCGCAGCCCGAGCCGGCGGCGCCGCGCCCGGAGAUGCCCCUGUCCGCGCCUCCCGGACUCGAUGACGACGUCGACGUCGACGGUGGCGGUGGUGGUGGUGGAGGCGAGGGAGGUGACGGCGAGGUGGUCCAGGAAGCGUUGUUCACGCCGGCCGAGGAGCGCGACGAGCCGUUCACGACUGCGCUCGAGGUGCGCGAACGCGAACGGGCGCGCGAGCAGGAGCGCGAGGCGCUGGCGGAGCUGGCGCGCACGAAGAUGCAGGAGAGUAGGGGCGGCGGCGGCGGCGGGCAGGGGGAUGCGGUGAUGGUGAGGCGGAGGUCGAUGACGAGGUCGAAGUCGAAGUCGUCGACGAGCGGUGCGAUUCAUGGGCGCGGUGCGCCUGCGCCACCGCAUGGUGGGCCCAGCGGAACGGCGGUACACGAGGGUUUGGGGGACCAGGAGGGGGAGAAGCAGGCGACGGAGGCGUCGAGCAGCGGGCGGCGGCAGGUUAAGCGGGUCGUGGUGCGCAUCGAGGUGAGCGAUACGGGCACGGGGAUUCCGCCGAGGGAGAUGGCGCGUGGGAAGCUGUUUUCUGCGUUCAACCAGACGGAGCAGGGGCGUCAGCAGGGCGGUAAGGGCACCGGGCUUGGUCUUGCGCUUGUGAGGCAGAUUGUGAAGCUUAGUGGUGGACGACUGGGCGUGCGGUCGAAGGUGGGGCAGGGGUCGACGUUCUGGGUUGAGCUUCCACUUGGCGUCGGAGCGAGAGUUGUCGAUCCUCCCGACUCGCAAGAUACUACCCUUGUCGAUCACGGGCACGAUGCUCAGGUUCGGGAUGACCAUGGUAGCACAAACGCUAACGGCGGCGGAGCUGUGAACCCGUCCGUGAUGAAGACGCUCAUGGACCAAGGCGGGCUCGUCGAGCUCAAGCUCCCGAGCAGUGCGCGUAAUAGCCUGGAGCCGAAUGUGCUCACGCGGGGGAUCGGCGAGCUGUCUUCGGGCACGCCGUGUCCUGUCUUGCCGGGUGCUGGCUCUGGCUCUGGUCCUGGUGAUCUGGCGCCUCCGCCACCGAUGCUGGGUCGGACGUCGUCGGAGGGGGCUUCUUCCUCGUCGUCAUCUGGGACGUCGCCUACCUUGGUGUCCUCCAUGUGGUCCACGCCCUCCGCAGCGGAAUCGCCUACUAGGAGAUCACAGGACAAGGAUGCUCCGGCUCGCUCCAGUCCAGAGUUCUAUGCGACCAAGAUCGAUGCCUUUCCCAAGUCAUUCUCCAGUGCCUUGCCCAAGACCUUCGAGCUCGCGAAAACCGCACCCACGCGUGCGACUGUAGCAAGGCGCAAAGGACCGUCGGUGGUGUUCGAUCCGCCGCUGGUCGUGCUCGUGGUGGACGACGAUAAGCUGACGCGGACGAUCAUGUCGCGGACGCUGGCGCGGCUUGGGUGUACGGUGUCUACGGCGGAGAACGGCGAGGUCGCGCUGGAGAUGGUCGUUGGGAAGUGGGUGGUGGACAGGAUGAAGGAGCGGGACCAACUGACGUUCGACGUUUUGGCUGGGAGAAGGGGGAGAUCUGUGGCAGCUCCGGAAUCGGGAUCGUCACCUGGGUCAGGGUCUGGUGGCGCGGAGGAAGCGUUUAUGACGCCUCUUGCAGCGCCUGUGCAGUACGAUGUUAUCUUUUUGGAUAACCAGAUGCCUGUUAUGUCUGGGAUCGAGGCUGUGUCGAGGCUGCGGGAGAUGGGUAGGGACGAUUUUGUUGUUGGUGUGACUGGUAAUGCGCUCAUUGACGAUCAACGGCAGUACCUCGAGGCAGGGGUGGACCAUGUCCUGACGAAGCCUGUGUUCGAGCCUGGUCUGGUCAAGAUGUUGACGACUGCAGACGAGCGGAGGCGGAAGAUACCAGCGUUAUCGGGAUCCAAUGAGGGUGGGGCGAUACCAGCGGUCAGUAAAGAGGUGAUAUCCGAGGGAUAAAGUGAUCCGGCCACGAGGGAAGGUGGGAAGGCUUGAAGGUUUCGAGGAGAUAAUUGACAAUGUGGUUUUCUUUGGUGCAUAUUGUAGCUAUUCGUCUUUUAUUACGGGCCAUACAUACGCGGGCAUUCGUUUGCAUUGUACUUUAUAUACAUACACGAAGAUGAGCA